AAUAAUACAUUACAUUACGAUCGAGACCUUUGUCUCUCUCUCUCUCUCUUUUCUUUUCACUUUUCUUUUUUUGGUCUAUUGGACAUUUCUUCGAACAUAUGGAAGACAAAAUCGCUGUUCGAGCCACAAACAACUGAGACACAUAACAACAAAACUGAUCAUAUGAAGAGACUGAGUGAGUGAAUUAAACAAGGCAAGAACGAGUUUUGAGUUAAACAAAUUGAUGGAGAGAUCAGCUGAGGAGGAGUUAGAGAGAAGAAGCAAGUUCCUACAUAGCUUGAUUCAGAAGAAAAAAGCAGAGGAGCACCAUGAACAGAAUCAAAACCUUAAUGUUCGUGUCAGAGCUUCAGAUAUGCCUUUUCCUUUGCAGAGUCAAGCCUUUCGAUGUGCUCGUGACCAUCUCGAUUCCAUGGCUUCCGGCAAGCUCGACAGUAAACGUCUCGCUCUCGCACUUAAAAAGGAAUUUGACUCAUCCUAUGGCCCUGCUUGGCACUGCAUUGUAGGAACAAGCUUCGGUUCUUAUGUCACGCAUUCGCUCGGGGGAUUCUUGUAUUUUUCGAUCGAUAAGGUUUACGUCCUUCUUUUCAAAACUGCAGUUGAGCCUUUGGAGCAAUAGUUAUAAGUUCUAUGAUAAAUGCUUGUCUGCUUGGUUUUUACAAAUCUGAAAUAUCAAUUUAAUUACAUGUAAAAUUAUAGUCUUGAAACAUUCAUAGGCAUCUAAGUUCCAUAUGUCAUAGUUUUUGUAUCUUUGUAUUCAUGUUUCACUUUCCUCAAGCUUAAGAUUCUCAGAAUUAAAGCAUGAAAAAUGUAAGGCUGGCUUGCUAUGAUAAUACAAUGGAUGUCACUAACUUCUUCUCU